AAGUUAUGGCCGUUUAUUAUGAUGAUUUUUUCAGUUAAAACCAGUGAAACAAUGAAAGAAACCGUAAAAUUAAACGGAUUUAUAAAUAGUACUUAUUCUGCUCCAGUUAUUUUUUAUGUGGGAUGUUAAACUGACUCAUUUUAAUUAAUUCAAGAUUUGUGGUGUUACUUUUUUGUUAAAAUGAACGAAGAAAAAGCUGUCGUGUUUAAAAGUACAGAUGCAGAGGUUGAAUACUGGAAAUUAAGGGUAGAAGAUGUAAAGGAUUGUUUGCACAAGCUACAACAAGAGUCUGAGGAGUAUGUAUUUGAGUCACAGCAGUUGGAGAAAGAAUUGGAGGCUACAAUCGAUCAAAAUGAGCAAAAAAUUAAAGAGUUGACUUUGGUUACAAAUAAAAUUCAAAUAGAGUUGGAUAUGCAAAAAAACAAAGUUGAACAGUUAGGUAGAGAUAAUAAUAACUUGGAACAAAAAGUUUCGACUUUAAGUGAGGAAAAUUUAUUGUUGCAUGAGCAUAUAAGAGAGUUGGAGCAAAAAAAUGACAAUCUGGAGACUUGUAAAAGAAUUAUGGAAGAAAGUAUUAAUGAUAUAAAAGUUUCAUUUGAUAAUGCAUUAGAAAAGAAUGCAAUACUCGAAUUGGAGGUCGAUGAAAAAGAAACGAUGAAGGAAAAAUUGCAGAGGCUUAUAGAUGAGAGGAGAGAAUUACAACAAGAAUUGUUGGUAAAAGGAAAGUUACCCAUGUUGGAGAAAAGGAGGAAAUACAAAAACCCUGCCCCACAACCCCCCAAGAAAACCUUGGAGGCUGAAUGUCAAACCACCCCUACAAAAAAUAAAAAAAUUAGGUUUAAGGCUUUCAGAGCUUUUUCAUCGUUAUGUAGCAAAAAUCAAAAAAGAACAAACUAAGUACUUAUAGGUAAGCAAUAUCUAAAUUUAGACUGACUUAUUAAUUAACUUAUUUAAAAAAGUGCUCUUAAUUAUAAUUAAGUAAAUAUGACGGGUAAAAUGUGAUGAAAACUGAAAAUAUCAAUAUUUUAUGAAAAAAAUGGUUAUAAAGAUAUGUAUAUGAAAUUGUUACCUACUGAAUGUUUAUAUUUCUGUGAUAUUUUAUCUUGUGAAUGCUUUUUACCUAUAAUUUAAAGUACAGUGAAAAUGGCAACACCUAACGCUCAAAGCGACAUUGCCACGUUGAUUUUGUUAUGAGAAACGCAUUAUUUGCGUUGUAUGUCAAAAAAAUGGCUACGUGUAGUGCUAUUUGCGACGUUGUCAAAUUAUUUGUGUUUGCUUGAAAUUUAAAUGACUAUUUACUAAACAAAUUAAAAUAACGUCCCGUUGACAAAAGCAAUAAAUAGUUAGGUUAAGAUUUUUUUGUAAUAUACUUCUGAAAUUAAUAAAGAUUAUCUUGUUCCUUAAACAUUUAUUAUCGAUAAUAAUGAUACAAAAACCUUAAACAUUCAAUCCCCGCCCUCGCUUUUCUUCUUCAAAACGCAUAUGCCGUCCAUGGUGGGCGCGAAGCUCUCGUAUUGGUCGGUGGCCAGCUCCGCCCUUUCCCCGGCGGCCAAUAGGACGGGGGUCGAGUGCGUGUGGAUCCCCGCGAUCGUUUUCGGGGUUCCCGCUUUGGCCACCACGUCCACCGCCUGGCCCACUCUGACCGUCACAGGGACGGCUUCGAGAUUUUCGUCGAGGGUUAGAAGCCAGCGGGGCUGAAUCGCGGUGACCAACGAGUAGAGGAGGUAGUGGGAGCGGCCCAGAAUUGUGGAAUGCGGGUCCAAGAGGGGUAUUAGAGUGAUUAGAAGACCUGCAAUGUUUAAUGUCAAAUAACUGGUUGAAGUGUCAAAUAAGGGGUAAAUAAU